AUGAGGUUCUUGGGUAAAAUUACACUGGCAAUUGUGAUCCUGAACGCGUCAGCCUUCUCCAACUUGUCCAAAAACCCGAAAGUUGACACCAAUGAUCCCAGAUAUCGGUUUUACAAAUGUUUGGCCAGAUGCGGAGAGUUGGUAAGUAAUUGGGAAGGAAAAUAUAAGUUUGGCUUCAGUUUGGUACUCCCAGAAAUGUAACACUGGCCUCCGGAGACGCAUUCCAGGACUGGCAAUUGGAUGAUAUUCGAUUUGAUACUGUAAGAAAAAAUUUUUUUUUAUUGUUUAUGUCCUGCUUUAAUAUAAAUUUUGGCUUUUUAGUGCAAGAUGGGAUGUAAUUUGGGCACGGGCUUUGACGGAACCUCUCCUAAACCCACAGAAUCCACAAUAUCGGACUCCUUUGGCCCUCUGGAAGUGAUCUGCGUUGAUCGUUUGUCCGUUACUCCCCCUCGAAUCCGUGCCAAAUUGAAUGUUCUCACUCCCCCUCAAACAGAUAAUCUGACGUUGUAUGUGAUCGAAGUGUAUCGCUCGUUGAUCAAUCGCAACGGGGUGGUUGAAAAUGAAUUUGUCCAAAGAAAUUUUGUAAGUUUUGAUGCCUAAAGUAACAUAAUUUUGGCCUUGUUUUAGUCAUUUUCUCCUCGAUUCGUCGUUGAACAUGUUUUUUCUGGCGCCAAUCCCAAGAAGGAGAUCUUAACUUUCAAGGUGUUUGGAUUCACAGCCUCAGCCGAAGUGUUGUCUCCUCUUUGUUCAGACGAUCUUCUCCUUGAAAAUAUUUAUGCCGCUCAGAAAGAUCCAAUUAAAUUGAGUAUGAGAGAGAAGAUCACAAUGAGGGACUCAUCUCUGGUAUUGUUGACAUGGAGUGCUGAGGAUUUGAAGCAUCCCCCAGAGUGCGAUCAGUUCGUUCAUUGGACCAAUGGCCAGAGGCCCAACCACAAGAUGGUUAAUUUGGUAAGUUGUGUAUUCAGUUGAUAGGUAUGAAUGCGGUGAGAAUACAGCAGAGAGCAUAUGAAUUGGACUCACUUAUAUUUUGUUUUCAGGACUCUUCUCAUACCGUAGUAAUCACCGAUCUAAAUGAUACUGCCACUUAUGUAAUCACUGCUUAUGGCCGAUCGGAUGCUGGAAAGGACCAACGACCCACAAGUAAACUUGUCCUCAGAUUAAAUCCGGAAGCCCAUGAACUCAUCAGAACCGAGCUGGUAGAAUUUGUUGAUUCUUAUGCUAUCAUUGUGGGAUGUUGCGUUGUGAUUAUUCUGAUGGGAUUACUUGGAAUCUGUUUUUGUAUCCAAUACAAGGCGAGUAUAAGAAGAAGAGAGCGUUCCAAAGCCAAGUACGACAUCAAGGCGAUGCAAGCGAGAAUGGGAUACCCUGUCAAGGUAGGAGUGAGUUUAUACGAUAUGUAAUAUGAAAAUUGAGUGCAAGAUUAAGAAAAUUUUACUUUUUAGACUUCCACACCAUCUUCUCGCGACGAGAACCACAGUAAUUACUCAUUUGCGGUGAAUAACAGCUCCGAAUAUAUCACCCAGACACCUCAGACCCCCACUGUGACAUAUACUCAAAGGCUACCUCAGAAACACUACCCUGCCCCGCUCAGGCCUGGAAUCCUCAGUCUAACAGUCCAGCCGCCAUUCGAGCAAAAGGACACGUUGUGUUAA